AUGAAGGCCUCAACGGCGGCUCUCCUCUUAGGAGCAGCCUCGCAAGCUCUAGCAUACAACAUCCACAGUAGCUGUGACUGUGGUGACCACCGCGCUGAUAUCAAAAGUGCAAUGGAAGAAGCAAAGGCUGUGCUGAACUGGUCAAGUUUAACCGGAACGGCCUGUGCAAUGUGGGAGAGAAUGCACGAAACAGGCGACGAACCGGUAUCAAUGUACGAAACCUGCAAAGACCAAGGACGCCGCAGCAUCCUGGAUGAUUUCCUUGGAGACCAUAGCGCCACGGCCUAUGAAGCUAUAGCCAAUGCCCUCGGCCCAGCCUCAAAAGUUCCAGGCGCCUACUCCGAAUCAGUCGAUGGUCUCACUAUCGUGUGUGGUGACAGUCACCUAAAGAAGAUUACCACAGGCGUGUACCGAGACCAAGAUAGAGGGUAUGCAGACGUGCGAUAUAACCCUGCGCCGGGACCGAAUCAAAGUCCCUGCGAUGUUGUCCAGGCUACUGCGUACAAAGCCCAAGGCAAGGAUGUUAUUAUGCUGUGUAACAGGGAUAACACUGGUGUCAAUCAGCCGGCGACUUUCAGUCAAUUGAAUACUGGAAAUGUUCAGAAUAAGGGGGUGGAUAUCUUGUCCAAGACGAUCAGCUCUAUAUUCACGCACGAGCUGAUUCAUACGGGUGAUUUCGAUCAGUUCCCAAGAUCCUUGGGCGAUGGAACCAGCGAGCAAUAUGAGUAUGCUGGCUGCAAAGGUCUUGCAAGUUCGGAUUUAAAAUGGAAGAACUGUGAUACAUUUGCUAUCAUUGCACGAGUGUUUUACCUCAACAACUAUUACUCGAAGGAUGGAGUACUCAGGGUGCUACCAAACAGUAAUCGACCCAAAGUGCCAAAUGGACCUCCUAAUCAGUGA